AUGGGGAAGAUUGACAGAGUUUUAGUCAACUUAGAGUGGAUCAACCAGUUCCAGGAUUCUUUGGCUGAAUUUCUUAAUCCUGGUGUUUCUGAUCAUAGUCCUAGUGUUGUUACUUGUUUUGAAGGUAGAGCUCAUGGCCCUCCUCCUUUCAGGUUUUGUAACUUUCUUGCUGAUGAUGAUGAUUUCUUGAAGAUUGUUGAAUCUGUGUGGAAUGAACCAGUUAAAGAAAGACCCCUAUGUGUUGAGACUGCUAGAAAAGAAAGACAAGUUGUGCAUUCUUAUGUUAAAUUAUCUAGGAGUGAUGAGUCCUUGGCACAACAAAAUUCUAAGGUUAAGUGGAUGGAAGCUGGUGAUUCAAAUGUUAAAUUUUUUUAUAACUCCAUUAGAGAAAGAAGAUCUAGAAAUAAUAUCUUGGUGCUUCAUGCUAGGUCUGGAGAGAAGUUGGAGGAUGAUAAGUCCAUUGCUAAAGAGUGUGUCGAAUUUUAUGAAGAUCUUUUCAAUCCAGUUGAGAAUGAGGUGAAUUCUUCUGAUAUUUUUGGGUCUUUACAGUUUGAGAAUUUGCUUCAACAAAAUGAUUGUGAUAAGCUUUUGAUGCCUGUUACCAAGGAUGAAGUUGUUUGGGCCCUUUCUUCUAUUCAUUCUAGUAAAUCGCCUGGUCCAGAUGGCUUCACAAGGAAGCUGUUGAAAGAGGUAAAUAGCACCUUUAUUACUUUGGUUUCUAAAUGUGAUAAUCCUGCUACUAUUAGUGACUUCAGACGUAUAGCUUGUUGCAAUGUUAUCUAUAAAUGUAUUACUAACAUUUUGGCUAAUAGGCUUAAGGUGGUUAUGAGAGGCCUGAUCAGUUCAAAUCAGUCUGCUUUUAUUUCUAGUAGAUCUAUUCAGGAUAAUAUUAUGUUAGCUCAUGAGCUAGUUAGGAACUACCAUAGACCUAAGGGUGUUUCUAGAUGUGCCUUGAAGGUGGAUUUAAAAAAAGCUUAUGACUCUGUCAAAUCGGAAGCUGUUCUGGAAGCUAUGUCAAAGUUUGGUUUUCCUAGCCAGUUUAUUACUUGGGUUAAGCUUUGUAUCUCCUCAGCUAAAUUCUUUAUUCUGGUUAAUGGUUCCCCUUAUGGGUUUUUCGGAGCUAAGAGAGGGUUAAGACAGGGAUGUCCUUUAUCCCCUUAUUUAUUUGUUAUGGUGAUGGAGAUCUUCAGUUCCUUAAUGUAUCAACAAGUGAAGCUGAGUAACUUUGAGUUUCAUCCUAAAUGUAAGUCCACUAAGCUUACACAUUUGUGUUUUGCUGAUGAUGUACUUAUUUUCUUCAAAGGCACCUUGAAGGCUACUCAAGUCAUAAAGAAUAUUCUAUCUGACUUCAAGAGUUGUUCUGGGCUUGAUGUGAAUGUGCAAAAGUCUUCUUCAUAUCACUCUGGAAUUCAUGAGGAGGAUUUGAGAUUAAUUUUACAAUGUGUUGGUUGUGUAGAGGGAGUUUUGCCACUGAGGUAUUUGGGAGUUCCUCUCAUCUCUACUAGAUUAUCCUAUGCUGAUUGUUUACCUUUGAUUGAUAAGAUUAUUAAGAGGAUUAAGUCUUGGAAAGCUAGAUUCUUGGCUUAUCCUGGUAGAUUACUUCUUAUUAAGGAUGUUCUUUGUGGUAUGGUGUAUUUCUGGUUCUCUUAUUUUGUUCUUUCCAAGAGAGUUUUCAAAGAACUUAAUACUAUUUUUAAAAGGUUUCUCUGGGAUGGCAUUGAGAUGGGAAAAAGUAUAAUCCCAUCAGCUGGCUUCAAAUCUCUAAGCAUUGAAGAUAUUGAUAGCCUGGUGAACCAGGGUCUCCAUUCUGUCUCUGAUUUCAUUAGAGGAGAUCAAUGGGUUCCUCCAAAUGAUGAUGCAGUUAUUGGGGAGUUGAUGCAUUAUGUUCAGGAAGUGCAAGUUGAUCCUAAUGAAGCUGACAAGACAAUUUGGACUGCAAGUACCUAUGGUGAGUUCUCAAUGAAGGACACUUACUUGGCUUUGGUUCCUAAGGGCCAUAAUAUAAGUUGGCAUAGACUGGUUUGGUUCAAGGGGCUCAUCCCAAGGCAUCCUUUUAUUGGCUGGCUGGCUAUGCACAGAAGGCUUAAAACAAGGAAAAAACUGCUCCAAUGGGGUAGUAUAAAAGAUGCUCAGUGCUUACUUUGUAGGGAGACCAUUGAGGAUGAGGACCACCUCUUUUGCAGCUGUAGUUUCUCUUCCGCUAUUUGGCAGGGAAUUGUUCUUAAGCUAGGCUAUUACAGGAAUUGUUCUCCUUCUUGGAAGAAUGAAUUGAAGUGGUGCAGUGACAACUUUGGUGGUAAAGGAGUUGUAAACACUAUAAAGAAACUAGCUUUAAAUAGUUUCAUCUACCACGUUUGGAAAGAAAGGAAUAAAAGGUUGCACUCUCCUCACUCUAGUUCUAUGGAUGCUGUAAGUUUUAGUAUUGUUGCUGAUGUCAGACUUAAAGUGGAGGCUCAUGGCCUAUCAGAUGCUGAUACUGAAGCUGUGAAGAGAUUCUUAGCUAGGUGGAAUGUUUCUUGCCAGCUGCUCAAGAAAAAAGUCAUUGCUUGUACUUGGAAAUACCCCUUUGAAGAUGAAGUCAUGAUCAAUAUAGAUGGUUCAAGAAGGGAUGUUUCAGGGGGUUUUGGAGCUAUUAUUAGGAAUGCUAGUGGAGACCCUGUUGCUGCAGCCAUUGGUGGCUCUGGUCCUGAAACUGUUUUUACUAUUGAGUUAAUGGGUGCUGAGUUGGGCUUGAAGUUGGCCAUUAAGAAGAAGAUGACCCUUGUUCAUAUUGCCACAGAUUCAAUGGCUGUCUUUAAUCUGUUUAACAUCAAAGAUCCUAAUCCAGCGUGGAUCAUUAUGCACUUGUGGAGGCGCAUUGAAAGAUUGAGAAGCCAAUUCAGAAGACUUAGAGUGAGUCAUAUUUACAAGGAGACUAAUAGAGCAGCUGAUGCUCUAGCUGAUAUGCAUCCUAAGGAGAAUUUUAUUGAGAUAGAUUUGGGGGCUUUUAGUGAGGAAUUACAAGUCAUCAUUGUUGAGGACAAGAGUUUGAAAGUGUAUUUUCGUAGUUAG